GGCCCUGUGGGUAUCGCGCACGCCGCCCACCUCCCCACAUCUCCCUCACGUCGCAAACCCUUCGUCGCCACCACCGUCGCGUGUUCCUCCUCUCGCGUCCACCGCACCGCCGCCCCCUAGUCUGGUCGGCGCCGCCGAGGUCUCCUCCCCACUGCGGACCCUGCGACUUACGCCCUCCCUUACUUGCCCGCGGCAUCCUCCUCCGACGUCGUCGCGGGCCUGGUGCUCCUGCCUCCGACGCCCUACCGCCGUCGCCACCACCGCCGAUGCCACUGCGGCGGCUCGUGGAGAAGGGUGUUGAGUUGAAUUAGUUCCAAGAGUUUAUGGACUUAAAGCCAAUAGAGGAGUCCUGCACUGCUUUUAGAAGUCCUGCUUUAUUUCAUAGUGCAUUGGCAGAUCACAAUAUACCUAAGAAAUGCUGAUGGAUCCUCCUAUUAUGCAAGCUGAUUGCCAAUUACAGAAUGAUGUGGAGAAAAUACCAUCUAUUGCUUACGAUAAGAAACAUAACUUAUCACAUGAUGAUUAUGGGUGGCAAGGCUCCGAUACUCAUCUAACAAAUGAUGUGAUUAGUGGUAACCCUGUCGAAGUUAACAAUUCUUCUCGAACAGGCAUAGAUGAGAAAUUAGAUGGUUCCUCUGAAAAGUCAUCUGCUUGCGUGGAUGGUUUACCUCAGGUUACAUUUUCAGUGCCACAUAAAGAAAAGAAUGGUGAGGAUGCUUACUUCAAUGAUGCAAGUUUUCAAUUGAAUGUAAGCACCGAGAGUAAUGGCUCCCCAAGCAUGGAUGUCAACUUCAAUAAACACCUUUUUAGCAAGGAGGAUGUACAUAAUUCUCAGGAAGAGAUGCAUGCACCUCCCAGUACAGUUACAGGACUUGAGUUAUGCCAGUCCAAUGGAGAUGCCUUGCCUUCUGAAGAGAAGAAAAUGACAGAAGAACAAGUCCUACAGAGUGUCAAUGUUGAUGCAGAAAAUAAGGAAGUGUGUUCUGACAUCGUAAGCAAGGAAGUUGGAUCUGACAUAGCAAGUAAGGAAGUCAAGGCUGAUAUGGUCGAAUCUCAAGCAACACAAAAGGACUUGUUGUGCACACUUGAAGGUCUAUCAGAAAUAGCAUGCAGCAUUGGUGUAGUACGUAAGAAGUCUUCUCAGGAAGAGAAAGACACAACUGUCUCACCUAAAAACGACAUGGAACCGCUUGUCCAUGACAACAGUUGUAAUGGUAAUACUAAUGAUGUUGGCGGAGAGAUGGAUACAGGAAAUACUGGAGAAGAAGAUCAUGCUGUUGCACUUUGGGUAAAGCAGUGUAGAGGAAAAUGGCAAACAGGGAUUCGAUGUUGCAGAGUAGACUGUCCUUUGUCUACUCUGAAAGCAAAACCAACCAUUGACAGGAAGAACUAUAUUGUCGUUUUCUUCCCACGAACAAAAACUUAUUUGUGGGUAGACAUGCUACUUGUUCUUCCAAUUGAUGAAAACCCUGUGCCACUCGUGAGUGGAAAUCAUGGCAAAUGGCGAAAGGCGGUAAACGACUUGAGUGUUCCUCGACGAUUCAUCAUGCAGAAACUUGCUAUCUCAAUGCUAAAUUUUAGCGAUGAGCUUCACACCGAGGCCAUAAUUGAGAAUGCUCGAAGGGCUACAGCUUGGAAAGAAUUUGCUCAGGAAGCAUCAUGCUGCAAAGAUUACGCUGAUCUCGGGAAGAUGCUUGUCAAACUUCAGAAAAUGAUUCUUCCAGACUACCUAAGCUGUCAUUGGCUGCAAAACUCUUCCGACUUGUGGGGCCGAAAGUGUAACAUUGCUCAUGACGCUGAGACUGUUGAAAUCCUUGCUGAGGAACUUAAGCAAUCUGUUUUGUGGGACAAGAUUGAUGAAUUGUGGAAUGCACCAAUGCAGCCUGAAUUAGUACCCGAGUGGAAAACAUGGAAACAAGAAGUCAUGAAACAGUUCUUUUCAUCACAUGCUGUAGGUAACACUGGCAACACUGAACAAAGCAAUAACUAUGAUGAUCCAGGUAUGGAUCAUCAAGCUCGCAGAAAGCGUCCCAAACUUGAAGUACGCAGAGGAGAAACACAUUUUUCUCACCUGGAUGAUGCUGGCUGCAGCACUCUAAACGAGGAUCCAAACUGUAAUAACCUCUCUAGUAAACCUACUACGCAUGAAAAUGCAGAAGCAUUAAAAUCAAGUGAUCAGAAUAACACCGUCUCCUUCCUCAGUAAUUCUGUGGUCCAUGAGAUUGCAGAAUCAGGCAGUGUCAACCCAGCUGUGCAGAGUGCCAGACAUGAGUUUGAUUCCUCAAAGAAUUCUAGGCAGUGUUCUGCCUACAUAGAAGCAAAGGGAAGACAGUGUGGCAGGUGGGCAAAUGAUGGUGAUAUCUACUGUUGUGUGCAUCAGAGCAUGCAUUUUGUUGACCCUUCUUCUAGGGAGGACAAGGCACUUACUAGUGAUACUGCAGUGUGCAGUGGUAUGACUAAUCAGGGUAGACAAUGCAAGCAUCGAGCCCAGCAUGGUUCUACUUUCUGUAAAAAGCACCGAUCCCAGACAAACCUGGAUAUAAUGAGCUCUGAUAAUUUAUUCAGUUCAUCUGAGGGUCUCCAUAAGAGGGAAGAGUCUCCAAAUAAAGGGAUGGAAAAGAAUUGCAACUCAAAUGCAAUAUCUAUCGUGGGCUCAGAAAGGGCCAGCAGUUCCCAAGUUUCUGUUCAAGUUAAUUUGGUCCCGACCGUGGCUGCAGAUAUUUCAGGUGAUAAAACUCGUGGAUUGGAGAACACUGACCUGUUCAACCCCAUGUCAACUUCCAUGGAAAAAGCUAAUUUAGAUAGCCAUCUUUGCGUUGGAAUUCUUUCUCAUGACAAUAUUGUUGAAUGUCAGGAUUAUGCUAAGCGACACACUCUUUACUGUGAGAAGCACCUUCCAAAGUUCCUUAAACGUGCCAGGAACGGAAAGAGCCGACUCAUCUCUAAAGAUGUCUUUAUCAGUCUGUUGAAGGGUUGCACAUCAAGGAAAGAAAAAAUAUGUUUACAUCGUGCAUGUGAGUUUCUUUAUUGGUUCUUGAGGAACAACUUUUCUCGUCAACAUUCUGGUCUUGGUAGUGACUAUAUGCCUCAGAUAGUGGCUGAAGUGUCUAAAGAUCCUGAGGUUGGAGAAUUUUUGUUAAGGUUGAUAUCUAGCGAAAGAGAAAAACUCACUAGUCUUUGGGGCUUUGGUGCAAAUACAUCUAAGCAAAUAUAUUCCAAUAACCAAGAGGGAUCUAUGGUGGUGUUACAAGAAGAGAGAACUAAUCCUUCAGCUGAUCUGAAGUGCAAAAUGUGUGUUCAGGAGUUCUCUGAUGAUCAAGAUCUUGCGUUACAUUGGACAGAAGUUCACAGAAAGGAGGCUCGAUGGCUAUUCAGAGGGUAUUCUUGUGCUGUUUGCAUGAACCCGUUUACAAACAGAAAAUUUCUCGAAGGACAUGUGCAGGACAGACAUGGUGCUCAAUAUCUCCAAUAUUCAAUUCUCUUCCGAUGUAUGUGGUGUAACAGCAAUUUUUUGAACAUGGAUCUUUUAUGGCAGCAUAUUGUUUCAGAUCAUGCCCAUGAGUUCAGGCUUCUCAAUCCUCCUCAACGAUUUAAUGGCCAAUCUAUCCAAAGUACAGAAGGGACAAGUGUCAAGCCCCUUUAUGAUGACCAUAACCUUGGGAAUGAUGAUGGCUCACAGAAGUUGGUCUGUAGACUGUGUGGGUGGAGAUUCGAUUUACUGCCAGAUCUUGGCCGCCACCAUCAAGUUGCUCAUAUGAACCAAGGUACUGUUGGCCACAUACCACCAGGACGUGGGAAGUAUCAGCUUAACCGAGGUCGACACUACUAUUCUGCCUUCAGGAAAAACUUGCGACCGUCAAGUUCAUUAAAGAAGAGGACUAGUUCUAGAAUUGGGAAACAUUUUAAGAUUUCAAGCUCUGAUUUGUCUAUGAUUACAUCACAAAUUGUGGAAUCUGAAACAGCCAGCCUUGGCAAGUUACUGGAUUUCCAAUGCUCCGAUGUGGCACAAACUUUAUUUUCUAAGAUUCAAAAGACAAGACCCCAUCCAAGUAACCAUGAUAUUUUAUCUGUGGCCCGUUCUGUAUGCUGCAAGACAAGUCUUCUUGCUGCAUUGGAAGUUAAAUAUGGAACCAUGCCCGAGAACAUGUUUGUGAAAGCUGCAAAGCUUUGUAGUGACAAUGGCCACAAAAUCAAUUGGCAUCAAGAUGAAUUUCUUUGCCCCAAUGGUUGUAAAUCUGGAUAUAAUUCAAAUACCCUGACACCUUUACAGUCUGCUCGAGUUGAAUUUCCCAUAGUUCCUUCCGUGACAAAUCCACCAGAUAGUGAUGGGACGUGGGGCAUGGAAGAAUAUCAUUAUAUUCUUGAUUCAGAGCACUUCAGGUGGAAGCUUAAAAAUGAGAAGGUUGUUCUUUGCGAGGAUGUAAGCUUUGGCAGGGAGAAAGUUCCAAUUGUUUGUGCCAUUGAUGUUGAUGCAAAAGGAUCUAUUCAUAUGAAACCUGAAGAACUGUUGCAGCAUUGCAAUUAUGUGCCAUGGCAAAGUUUUAACUACAUCACAGCCUGUUUGGUGGAUUUUUCAAAUGUUGAUUCAGAGAAUUAUAUGGCUGGCUGUUCAUGUUCUCAUGGCCACUGCUCUCCUGGGAAAUGUGACCAUGUGAAUCUCUCUGACAGUGUCUACGAAAACCUGCUGGAUAUCAAUGGUAUAUCCAUGCAUGGCAGAUUUGCAUAUGAUGAAAACAGGAAAAUCAUUUUGCAGGAAGGGUUUCCGGUAUACGAGUGCAAUUCUUUAUGCACCUGUGAUGCAUCCUGUCAGAAUAAAGUAUUGCAGCAAGGGUUGCUAGUUAAAUUGGAACUCUUCAGCACUGAGAAUAAGGGUUGGGCUGUUCGAGCUGCAGAUCCUAUUCCACGGGGCACUUUUGUGUGCGAGUAUGUUGGGGAGGUUGUGAAGGAUGAUGAGGCCAUGAGAAAUACAGAAAGGGAGGCAAAAGGUGAGUGCAGCUACUUGCUUCAAAUCAAUUCUCAUAUUGACCAGGAAAGAGCCAAGACUCUAGGGACUAUCCCAUAUAUGAUUGAUGCCACAAGAUAUGGGAACGUGUCCCGCUUUAUUAACCAUAGCUGUUCCCCUAACCUCAAUACCCGAUUAGUUCUGGUGGACCAGCUCGCUCACGUUGGAUUGUUUGCUAACCAGGAUAUUGCUGUCGGAGAAGAAUUGUCCUAUGACUAUCGACAAAAGCUGUUAUCUGGCGAUGGCUGCCCCUGCUAUUGUGGUGCUCAGAAUUGUCGAGGCCGUAUUUGUUGAAUUUGCUGGGUGCAAAAAUAAAAAGGAAUGAUCCAUUGAUUAGCAGAGCAUCUUCAAAAGGUCGUACAAUGGUGGUCAAUUGGCAGAAGAUAACAUUGUUUUUCCUAUAGCUUGAAUGCAGGGUAGGAUCUCAUUCUUGAUGAAACCAAUUGAAGGCAGCAGUAGGAUCUCAUUCUUCGUGCAACAAAAUAGUGAUUGUGAUAUAGGACUCACAACAGUGACUAGGUACACCGUAGCAUUGAUUUUAGUCAUGGCAUCGUGUUUAACUGAUGAUUUGUUAGAAGCAGCCUGAAAUUAGAGCAAUUCAGGCUGCAUUGUUGGUAGGUGAGAAGUCAAUGCCUUUGUAAAAUAUGUUCAUUCAAUUUUUACUGCCCAUAAUUUCCAUCGUCGAAGUUGAAGCAAGAAUUUGUACUUAUUACUCGACUGAUUGUCGUGGAGUUAUGCUUGUGCUGCGGUGCCUGUUUCGGCAGUGUUGUAGGAAAUUGUGUUUGCACUGUGAAGAAAAAAGGCAGUCGACCCUUCCAAGUUUAAA